GAAACCCCGGCCUGGCGGGGGUUUCCGGUCCCGUCCCCCCCACAGCGCGACCCCCGGCUCUUCCGGGCAGCGCCCGCAGCCAGCUCAGCGCUGCCGGGCACCGCUCGCCGGUCCCCAUCGGGGCUUCCCGCUCUUCCCUUCACAACCAUCUCACCUAACAACAACUGCUCAAGAUAAUGGCUUCAAAAAGAGCACUGGUGAUUCUAGCAAAAGGGGCAGAGGAAAUGGAAACUGUAAUCCCCACUGAUGUUAUGAGAAGAGCUGGGAUCAAGGUGACUGUUGCAGGCCUCACAGGAAAAGAACCAGUACAGUGCAGUCGAGAUGUCUUCAUUUGCCCUGAUGCCAGUCUUGAAGAUGCCAGAAAAGAGGGACCUUAUGAUGUCGUGGUCCUGCCUGGGGGUAACCUUGGAGCUCAGAACUUGUCAGAGUCUCCUGCUGUGAAGGAAAUUUUGAAGGACCAGGAAAGCAGAAAAGGCCUGAUUGCUGCUAUCUGUGCAGGUCCUACUGCCCUUCUGGCACAUGGCAUAGCGUUUGGGAGUAAAGUCACAACACAUCCUUUGGCCAAAGAUAAGAUGAUGAACGGAGCACAUUACAACUACUCCGAGAGCCGUGUGGAGAAAGAUGGGAACAUCCUCACCAGCCGCGGUCCUGGUACCAGCUUUGAAUUUGGGUUGGCCAUUGUUGAAACACUGAUGGGGAAAGAAGUGGCCGAACAGGUGAAAGCACCCCUAAUACUGAAAGAGUGAAAUCCUAGUGUGGGCCAGGGAGUAGAAUUUCAGAUAGAGAAUCUCAUCCUUUGUGGAAUAAUAGUAAGAUGCACUGUUGUAAAUGCAGUCUAAUUGAGGUGAAAUUAGCAACUGUACUUCCCUAACCUGGGACACCUUAGCAAACCAGUGGUCUAUAUACCUGGAAAAAGAACCCGUUAGCAAAAAGCUUCAUCACAAAAAAGCAGUCAGCACCUAAUAAUCUUAGUUAGCUCUUGGCAUUUAAAUCACAUGGGAAAAUGUUUGAAUAGUAAAUAAAAAUGAAGCAACCGUG